GCGCGGUGAAUCGUUCGACGCGCGCGACCUCGCGACUCCGCGGCGGCGACGAUGACUAUGGAAGCGAUCAAAGAUCGCGUGUACAAGCACCGGAUCCGCAUCCAGGACUUCUUCGCGGACUACGACAAGCUCCGGAGAGGACGCAUCUCGCAAUCGCAGUUCGCCGCGGCGCUGUCCGUCGCCGGGUUCAACUUUAACGCGAGAUCCUACGCGGCGCUCGCGAGCGCGUACCCGUCGUCGGACGCGGUGUUUUCCGUCGCGUACAAGGCGUUCUGCGACGACGUGAACGCCGUCUUCACGAAGAAACUCCUCGAGCGCACGCCGCUGGAAGACGUGGACAAGGAGCCGAGCGAACUCCUCGACCCGUUGCGGUUCAGCGUGCGCAGAGGCGGCUCCUUCCCGGCGGGCGACGACGCGGAGGACUCACCGGGCGCGGGCGACGAUGAGAUUGACGAGAGGCUCGCGGCGGCGCUGGAGAGGGUGACCGACCUCGCGAAGACGCACAGGAUCUACGUGAAGCAGUUCUUCGACGACGCGGCGAAGAAUCAAAACUCGCCGAUGCGCGUGAAUCACGUGACGCUGACGCAGUUCAAGCGCGCGAUGCUGACGCACGUCGCGAGGGAUCUGUCAGAGGCGGACGUGGAGGUCAUCGCGCGCGCGUUCACGGACGAAGGGAUGGUCAACUACGCCGCGUUCGCCGCGACCGUGGACCCGAAGGAGCCGCUGUUUCAUCCGUACUCGUUGUCCGCGCGAGCGGCGCAGGCGGCGGCGGCGGCGGUCGCCGCGGGGGCGUGAGCGACGGCGAGCGACGACGGCGCGAGGAGGGCGUCGGCGAACCAGACGCGGACCGAACGAUUCGAUUUCCAAAAGAAAGAAUACUUCCGUCGUAAUUAGUAAUGUAAGGUUACAUACAGUACUC